CAUUAAACAAGACAUUUUUCCAGCCAAACAUCAUACCACCACGAAUCGGUAGAACUCCACGCCCUCUACCAAAUCAGUAGAGGGAAAUUUUGUUUUUUGCGUGAAAUUGGCAUUUAAUGUUAAUGUUUACCGUUUUGGCUUUCGCCCUUAUGAUGAACAAUGUCGAGAUGUAGUGAAAUUCAAAAAAACAUAUUUUUUUUUAUUUCCGAUACAAAAUGUGAGCGCGCAGGCAGUAGUGUUUUGCAUCGUUUUAUUUAAUGGCAAAGAAUGGAAAAAUAACUGUUUUUUUAUAAAAGUUUAAAGUCUACAUAAAAUGGAAAUCCAGACAAUUACAUUGGAGAAUUGGAUGUGUCGAAUAUGCCUAAAAAAAGGUAUCCACAACAUUUUCAAAGAUCAGUUGAUGUGUCCAUCGCAACAGCAAUUAGCGCCAACACUAACGGAACAACAUCAAGGUCAAACGUCUACAAAAGCUCAUCACAGCAGCACUUCCAUCUCAAUCAUUGAUGCGCUCAACUACUUCAGUGAGUUCAAGAUUUAUCAACCGGAAGCUGUUAAUGAACCAGUAAUGCUCUGCGAUGAUUGCUAUUCCGAUCUGGUCAACUGUGUACAAUUCCGCAAGAAGCUGAAUGAAUCGGAAUUUUUGUUACGCAAAGACUAUGAUGCAUCAGAUGCAGAGGAAGAUUUGAAAACAGGGCUGACCAUGCAAAUGGUCGAUAUUGAACCAUUUCUUGAGGAAGAAGAAUCUUCAUCAGAAAGUAGUUCCCAAGAAAUUGUUAGAUCUUCAAAAGUACAUCACGCGAAACCUCGCUUCCAGCUGACCAGUCAGGUCAGUAGCAUUCUCAGGCAUGUGACUGCUACGAGAAGUAAAAGUAGCGGCAUCAAUGCCAAUGAAAAUUUAUCGCGCGAAAAACGAAAAGAAUCCGACAAUCAAUCGAGUUCAGAGACACCAAAGAAAAUGCAACGAACAAAUUUACAACCAUCACUCGAAAACACUUUAAUCGUACCUUAUUACAUCUUUAAAAACGGAGAGCACGACAAAGCACAUGGUAUACGAGAGGAAACCAAUGAGUCUUCCGAAGCUUACCAUAAUUCACAAUCGAGCUGCAAACGAGUAGAUAAAGACGAUAUUCAUCACUGCAAGCAUUGCCAAAAAGCGUUCUCAACGGCUCAACAUCUGGCUAACCAUACCAAAAACGUCCAUCGGUGCCAACAUUGCUCGAAGCAUUUCCCUACCAUUCUUGCCAAAAACAAGCAUAAUCGCGAGGAGCACAGAUCGUUCCGAUGCACACUGUGUAGCUUUCAGUCUCGAUAUGCGGCCAACUUGAAGGUUCACUUGCGAAAAAUGCACGUUGGCUCGCAGCAUCAGCAAGAUAUUCAGAAUCCGAAAUAAGUGAAAUCAACAACUAUAUUAAAGUUCUUGCUGGAUUAAUAA